AUGACAACUUUUUAUGAUGUGCUUAAUCAAGCGAAUGAUUCAGUGGUGUCUAUCAGAAACUGGGCUUCAAAUUUCAUUCAGUAAACGACUCAUAGAGAGGAAUUGCUUAAAUAGCUUAUAAAUUUAUACGAAUAUGAAACCAUCAUAUAUUCUUCUUCUAAGACUCAAAAGGACAUUGAGAAGGAGAAUUCAAUUAUAGAAAACCAGGACAAUUUCUAAUACGAUACAGAAGUGCUUAUAUUUGACAAUGAGAAUUAUGAAAAUACCAUCUUGAGAAUGGAGCAGGAAAAUAAUAUUGCAAGAGAUAGGGUAGUAGAAACAAGGAAUAUGAUUACAAGAUAUGAGAGAUCUACACUCAAGUGGAUGAAUAUUUGUAGGGAAUCAGAGAUCACUAACAACGAUAUCAAUCUGAGAUCGACCACACUUGCUACAAGUUUGAACGUGGAGAAGUAAGUUCAGCUUAUGAAGCUACAUCAGAGAUAAAACUAGCUAAGAUAGUUAGAUUAAAUGAUUUCAGAUUAUGAUAAGGAAUUAGAGCAUAUUAAAGAUUAGGAAAUCGACGCCUAAGGCAGAUGCUUCAUUCUCAAAAGAAGGCUUUAAUAUUUGAAUUAAAGAAAAAUUGAAUUUGGCAAGAAAAAAGCUUACUGGAGUGAGAAACUUUAAUAUGUUCAGUUAAAAUUCUUCAAACUACAAAAAAGAUUUAAGCAAAGAGGAGUCACAAAUUUUGAGCAACUUUAGAGAAUUCUCGUAGAUGAAGUCAUUCCUAAAGUAAUUUAAAAGUAGAGCUUGGAAAACUAAUCUAAAGACUAUCUUUAAAGAAUCAUGGAUCUUCAAAGUCUAAAGGGCAAUCUUGAAAAGCAUCUUAAAGAUCUUAAAUCAAAGUCAAAUCUAUAGUUUCAAGAUAGUCUAGUUUCUCAGUACUAAAUAAGACUUGAUGAAAUGCUAGAUAAUAACAAACGUAGAAUUGAGCACCUUGCUGAUAGGCUUGUAGUAAAUAUGAUGGAUAAUAUCUCAAUGCUUUUACCAAGAGUUGAUCCAAGGCUGUUUUAUGCUGGGAAUCUCCCUGAAAGAGAAAAACUGACUGUUAUUGUAAUCGAUAUCAAUUAAGGACUAUCUAGUACUGAUGAUGAUAAUUUGGAUGUAAAAACUGGUGAUCUAGAUGUGCUUGAAAAAAACAAACCUUAAAAAAUAAGGAUCUACUUCAAUUUAACUUUAGGAUACGAAUCUCUCUAUUAAGUUUAUAAAGCUUAUUUUACAGAUAAUCUACCAGAGGAUGAGCAAUAAAAAAAGAUAUCCCUAAUGCUGAGAAGAAAGAAAACCCUAAGAAGUAUUGGAAUGGACAUGGUUAAGAAACAAGCAAAUAUCAUGAUAAAUUCAAAGAAAAGUACUGAUUUUGAGGUUUACUUUCAUACUAAGAGGCAAACUGAUAAAAUGAGAAAAGAAAUGCAAUCUGAGAUUAAAGAAAUCUAAAAGUAGAAAAAUAACGCAAAACUUAAAGAUUAAUUUUAAGAAGCCCUAAGAGCUAAUAUCGAAAAAUUGUAGCAAAAAGAAAUUAUCAAACAAGAAAUUCAGGCUUAAAAUAAUGAAAACAUGAAUAAGGAGUUAAAGAAUUUAUUUGCUGAAAAUUAGAAUAUAAUCGACAAUCCAUUCAUUAAAAAGAAAUGGGAAGCUUAAAAUAUGUAUCAUUACAGGAAUAUAUAGGAGAAAUAUAGACAUCUCAGAUAAAAACUAGACAAAAAUAAUGCUAUAGAUUUUAAUGUUAAUAACUAGGAGAGUGCUUUGACAUUUCAAGCCUAAAAAAUGAGAUAAAGACAACACUGGGAUAGGAUAAUAUAAGGAAAAUAACAAAAAGAGGUAAGCAGCAGCCUUAAAAUUGAAUCAAAUACUAAAGAUGAUACGAGCUAGAACACAAAACUUUCUAUUAAUUAUAAAUCUAAUUCUACAGCGAGAGGGUCUGCAGCAUAAGCUGAUUAUUAAAGAUAAUAGAUUUUUGCUUGUUCAUCACCUUUUCUGUAAAUGGUUAAAAAUCCUUCAUAGUGCAAUCUUAUUAAAAAUACUUAGAUUCCUUAACUAAAAGCAUUAACCACUAGAAACAGCAAUCUUGAAAGUAUUCCAGACUUGAAAUCACAAAGAAUUUAAAUACCUUUGAAGCAGCAUUAAGAAUAGCCUUCAUCACAAUAGCAGUCUAAGAGCCCUAUAAGGCUGAAGAAAUCUGGGACUGCAAGCAAACUAACUCUUCCUAAUAUUGACCAUACUCCUUUCGAUAAAGUGGAAAAGAGUGAGAGAAGUGAGAGUACAUUGAAAAACUCUACGUUUUAAAAGAAUUUCGCCUAACUGACUAAUCCUUACUCAUAAAAAUUUGAUUUCACUUCUGCCUCGAUUGGAAGUCUAACUGCCAGAUCUAACUAAUAGCAUAUGAUAAGAUUAACAGAGAGGAAGACACCAGUAGUAAGUAAUGGAAAAAUGCUUUAUAAAGUUAUGGUCAAAGACUAAAAGAAUAAAGUUAUUGAGAGCCUUUUUUCUCGAAAGAACAACAAUCAAAUUAAAAAUAAUAUUUUAUCAUCAGAUAAGCAGCAAGAAUAAAUAUAAUUAGAAGAUCUAUGA